AUGCCGAAUUAUGGAGAUGGAGGAGUAAAUAAUGCCACUAAGACUCUCUCUUUGGCAACGGACCUAUCCUCGCUCGCGCUAUCAAUACCCGUAACUGGUAAAUCUUCCUCUACUGCUUCCAUUACGACUAGCUACCAAAGUUCAGUGACAGGAGCCUCCGGCACAAACACUGGCUCUGGAGCCGCAUCAAGGAAUGGAGCAGCUCGUACCAAUACCACGAAUGUCAAAUCAGCGUUGUUCGCGGACUCGUCUCCAAGGAUCAGACCAGCUCCCUACGAAAUGCUCAAAAUGCUCCGGUCCCGAACCCCAACCAGACUAGCUCCUCAAGCCGACUUCAGCGACAAGGCAGCCUGCGGCAGAAACUAUAUCAGCAAGUCCCAGCGCGCAAAGCGGCCUCUCAUGGUCUCACGUCGCUGGUGGAUCAGUCCCCGCCCUGGUGGGGACUUACUUCUAGUCGCUCAGUCGGAUGCUGCACUGGCAGAAAGUUUGACCGCUGCGUUGUUGGGGCAGCAGCUGUCCACCAUCACUACUGUUCCUCCUGGAAUGGUCGUGCAGAGUAUCACGACGAGUACGAAAUGCUCGCAUGCUUUCGCGCUGGCAAGUACUACAUCAUCUGCUAGUACUGUUGUCACUGUUGUUCCCAAAAUUUGCCGCGACGAUGCCGCGUUUCUGCUGUUCGCUGGGGCCGCAAUCCCACUGCUUUGUAAAACAGUGCUUAGCUUGCUUGGAUUUCUUCUUCGAUGGAUUUGUGAUCCCAGGACAGGGAAACUAGUUGGAAUUGACGACAUCACUAUUUUACCUCCUGGCCCCGCUGUAGGCGCAGGUUCGGCGGAGGGUUCGUCGCCAAAUCCGAAGGACGACCCACAAAGCGAGGAUGAUGAGCCAACCAACUCUCGAGAUUCAUCUGAUCAUGCAUCUUCCACAAGCUUUCCUUCUACCAACCGCCGAUCUUCGACAAUGACAAGUUCCGCAUCUAGCGCCGUGACCGGUCCGUACUAUCUCUUCGGUGGCGUUGGUGACGAGGAUGAGGUCUCUGAUCUUCUUGGGGCGCUGAACUCCAAAUAUAAAGCACUUCAACCUGCUGUCGGCUCAACCCCGAUGAGUGCAGCUGAUUGGGAGGUUUUUUCGAGACGCUUCGCUAAUGCACGCUACUGCGAAGCGGACCUCCUCGAUGCGCUGCCAGCCUGCCAACCCUCCCGGGUCCCUAGGGUUGGCUGGGCAGGCUGGGCAGGACUGGGCGAUGGAAUCAGUGAUGAGCCAAUGCAUAAGGUGGCAACUGGCAAUGUCGUCCUCUCGUAG